AUGGACCUGUUCGGGGACCUGCCGGAGCAGCGCUCGCCGCGCCCGGCUGCCGGGAAAGAAGCUCAGAAAGGAUCCCUGCUCUUUGAUGACCUCCCUCCGGCCAGCAGUACUGACUCAGGAUCAGGGGGACCUUUGCUUUUUGAUGAUCUCCCACCUGCUAGCAGUGGCGAUUCAGGUUCUCUUGCUACAUCAAUAUCGCAGAUGGUAAAGAAUGAUGGGAAAGGAGCAAAGAGAAAAACCUCCGAGGAGGAGGAGAAGAAUGGCAGUGAAGAGCUUGUGGAAAAGAAAGUUUGUAAAGCUUCUUCGGUGAUCUUUGGUCUGAAAGGCUAUGUGGCUGAGCGGAAGGGUGAGAGGGAGGAGAUGCAAGACGCCCAUGUCAUCUUAAACGACAUUACCGAGGAGUGCCGGCCCCCAUCUUCCCUCAUUACUCGGGUUUCAUAUUUUGCUGUUUUUGAUGGACAUGGAGGAAUUCGAGCCUCAAAAUUUGCUGCACAGAAUUUGCAUCAGAACUUAAUCAGGAAAUUUCCCAAAGGUGAUGUAAUCAGUGUAGAGAAAACCGUGAAGAGAUGCCUUUUGGACACUUUUAAGCAUACUGAUGAAGAGUUCCUUAAACAAGCUUCAAGCCAGAAGCCUGCCUGGAAAGAUGGGUCCACUGCCACGUGUGUUCUGGCUGUAGACAACAUUCUUUAUAUUGCCAACCUCGGAGAUAGUCGGGCAAUCUUAUGUCGUUAUAAUGAGGAGAGUCAAAAACAUGCAGCCUUAAGCCUCAGCAAAGAGCAUAAUCCAACCCAGUAUGAAGAACGAAUGAGAAUACAGAAGGCUGGAGGAAAUGUCAGGGAUGGGCGUGUCUUGGGCGUGCUGGAGGUGUCCCGCUCCAUUGGGGACGGGCAGUACAAGCGCUGUGGUGUCACUUCUGUGCCAGACAUCAGACGUUGCCAGCUGACCCCCAAUGACAGGUUCAUUUUGCUGGCCUGUGAUGGGCUCUUCAAGGUCUUCACCCCAGAAGAAGCCGUGAACUUCAUCUUGUCCUGCCUUGAGGAUGAGAAGAUCCAGACCCGCGAAGGGAAGCCCGCUGUUGACGCCCGCUACGAAGCAGCCUGCAACAGGCUGGCCAAUAAGGCGGUGCAGCGGGGCUCGGCCGACAACGUCACCGUGAUGGUGGUGCGGAUAGGGCACUGAGGGCGGCGUGUGCGGCAGCACGCGUGGUGCUGACUCGAAGGUUCAUUUUUUGUGUGUGCACAUUCUGUGUGUUCUGUGUACUCCUGUGGGACUCCCAUGGUUGUAAAUAAAGGUUUCUUUCUUUUUUUUUUCCUA